AUGAUCCCCCUAUCUACGUCUACUAUCCUCACCCUCACUACACACCCUAUUUUCCCCCUCACCACGUCCGCUAUUCUUACCCUAUCCACGUACGCCAUUAUCACCCUCACCACAUACACUAUCACCACCCUCUAUUCUCACCCUCACCACCUACCCUAUUCUCACCCUCACCACCUACGCUACUCUCACCCUAUCCACUUUUACUAA